UUUGAUUGGUGUAGAGAAUUUGAUCUGGAAUGAUUUAAUCAAAACUAACGAGUUACAAAUGAUAACUGAAAGAGAAAAAUUCUGAUAUCUUAUGGAAAAAAUAUCGAUAUUUAUCUAAACAUCGAGAGAAUUUUUUUCUUCUAUUCUCACUAAAGUGUUGGUACAAAUAGACUGUUUUUCUCAACAAUUUUUUUUUCUUGUCUGUUUAUUGUUUCAUGUUUUUCUAAGAAAUAAUUUCUUUUGAUUAUCUUUUUUUCUUCAUUAAUUGUGCUUUUAAUUUACAAUCGAAUGUUGUUUGAUACUCUAAUUCAAUUAUUGCUUCGAAAUUUACACUUGUUAAUCGGUUACAAUUCACUAAUAUUUGGAUAAAAGGAUAAAUUUUCAUUCUAUUUAUGUUUCAAUCAUGGGAUCAAAGGAGACCCUUUUGGAGGGUUUUAUCAAAGGCCUGAAAAGUAAAAAUGAGGAUACAAAGUACAAAACAGCGCGGGAACUACAUCACUAUGUUUCCACUGAACUACAAGAAAUGUCAGUGGAAGAGAUCCAUGAAUUUAUGGAAAAAUUUAACAUCAAGGUUCAAAUGAUGAUGUCUAAUGGAGAUAUAAAUGAAAAGAAAGGUGGUAUUUUGGCGAUAAUUGUUCUCAUAGGUGUUGAUGUGGGUAAUCAAAGUACAAGGGUAUCUCGAUUUGCCAACUAUGUUAGAACCCUGGCUCCAACUGAUGUUGGCUUAAUGGAACUAGUCGCCUAUGCUGUUGCUCGUAUUGCCGUUGCCAGUGGAACACCAACAUUAACCUAUGUUGAUUAUGAAGUUCGUCGAGCCAUCGAAUGGCUUUCGGGUGAAAGGAAUGAGGCUAAACGGCAUGGAGCGGUUCUUAUCCUUCGAGAAUUAGCUACUUCAACUCCUGCUUGUUUCUUUCAACAAGUUCAACAAUUUUUUGAAUGUAUUUUCACCGCUAUUCGUGAUAAAGAGAAGAAAAUACGUGAAGGGGCAGUUGGCGCCCUACGGGCUGCUCUAGCGGUCACCGCUUCCCGUGAGACUAAAGAAACAGCUAAUCCAACUUGGUAUGCACACUGUUAUAAAGAAGCAUUGAAAGGAUUUGAUGAAGGUUUUCAUAUACAAAUGACUCGAGAAAAAGUGACCCGAGAUGAUAUAAUUCACAGUUCUUUAUUGGUUCUUAACGAGCUACUUAGAUGUAGUAACAUUGAAAGGGAAAAAAUUCGUCAAGAAGUAGAAGAUAUGAGCUUUAAGCCAACACUACAAGAAGCCAUUAAUCCAUUGGAAAAAUAUCAAAGUUUCAAAGAGAAAACAUCAUCAUUUACCCGAAGUUUACGAGCUCUCUCUUCAUCAUCAAGUAAUCAACAAUUUUACACUCCAGGACAUGGAUUAAAAGGACUUUCAGCUAUUGUACAAUAUCACAAGUUAACUGGAGUAACUCCAGGUUCAGCACCACAAUCUCGUAAACUUCCACUUUACGAAAGUCCAACUUGCCGUCAAUUGAUUCGAGACAAUUUUAAUAAUAUUUGUUUAAUUGUGUUGAAACAAAGAACUUCUCGUAAUGUUUAUGUGCACCAUGUUUUACUUUUACUCAUUCCUCGUUUAGCUGCUUUCGAUCCACACACAUUUUCAGCUCAUUAUCUAAAUGAAUCAAUGACUUACCUGUUUAAAUCAUUGAACAAUAAUCGUGAACGUUCCCAGGCAUUCUUAGCUCUUGGUUUAUUAUCUAUUGCUGUGGGUAAUGCAAUUAAAUCAUAUUUACCAAAAAUUUUGGAAGCCAUCAGAACAAAUUUACCAUCAAAAGAAUCUUCAGGUCGAAAACGGGGACAAACAACCGAUCCAGCAGUUUUCUCCUGUAUAAGUCUUCUUGCUCAAGCUAAUAGUCUUCUGGUUAAAGAUGAUAUCAAAGAAUUACUUGAACCAAUGAUUGGAAGUGGUUUAAGUCCAGCUUUGGUCAGUGCCUUACAUGAUUUAACCAUUCAAUCACCAGAUUUAAAGAAAAAUAUACAAGAUGGUCUUCUUAAAAUGUUAUCAUAUGUUUUAAUGCAAAAACCAUAUCGACAUCCUGGUGCACCUAAACGUUUUCAAUUAACUUCAAAUUCACUUCCGUCUCCAUAUAAUUUAUCUGAUGGUUCAGAUAUUUCCAGUAUCAUUUUGGGUUUAAAAAUUUUGGGUACCUUUGAUUUUCAAUCUAAAUCACUAAUGCAAUUUGCUCGACACUGUGCAGAUAAUUAUUUAACCAGUGAUUUUACCGAAAUACGUUUAGAAGCAGCGAAAACAUGUUGUCAUCUUUUAUCACCAGCAUUACACAAAAUAACCCAACAAUAUAGUCCAAGUUUAAUGGUGACCAUUCAGGAUGUGCUAAGUAAACUUUUAAUUGCUGCUGUAACUGAUUUUGAUUCUCAAGUUCGUUAUUCGGUUUUAUCCAUGUUGGAUGAAAAAUUUGAUGGUCAUCUUGCUCAAGCUGAAAAUCUUAGUGCACUUUUCAUUUGUUUAAAUGAUGAGAUUUUCGAGAUAAGUGAACUUGCCCUUUGUACAAUUGGACGUCUCAGUAGCCUUAAUCCUGCAUAUGUGAUGCCUUCUCUUCGUAAAGUUUUAUUACAACUUUUAACGGACUUGGAAUUUUCUGGUGUCAAAAGGAAUAAAGAAAGAAGCUCAAAAAUGCUUGGACAUUUAAUCGCAAAUGCACCAAGGUUGAUUCGUCCCUACACACAAUCAAUAAUCACCAUUUUCUUGUCCAAACUUCGUGAAUCUGAACAAUAUUCAAGUGUAAUCAUAAGUGUUCUCUCUGCUAUUGGAGCACAAUGUCAAGUUAGUGGAAUUGAGAUGAGAAUUUGGAUUGAUGAAUUGUUCCCAAUUAUUUUAGACUUUGUUCAAGAUUCGUCUUCCGUACCCAAAAGAGAAGUUGGCCUUUGGACAUUAGGUCAUCUUGUCGACAGUACAGGUUACGUGGUUGAACCUUACUGGAAAUAUUCCAAUCUUUUGGACAUUCUACUAAAUUUCCUUAAAACUGAACAAUCACCAGCAAUAAGGAGAGAGGUAAUCAGGGUUUUAGGUCUUUUGGGAGCCAUUGAUCCCUACAAAUUAAAAGUUAAUCUCGGUAUGAUCGAUCAGGCCGGAGAUACCCUUAUUUUUGUUGCCGAUUCUAGUCAAGAGAUGCAAGAAUUAAGUGCCAGUGAAAUGUUAGUCAACUUUUCUGGUUCUUAUGACGAUUUCUAUCCUGCCAUUGCAAUUGCAACUCUCAUUCGAGUUCUAAAAGAUCCUGCCUUAUUUCAGCAUCACUGUACCGCCGUGGGAGCUGUAACUUACAUAUUCACCUGUUUGGGUGUAAGAUGUGUUCCAUAUAUUCAGCAAAUUUUACCUGUUUUCAUAUCUAUUAUUAAAUCUUCUGAGUCUAGGGAGUAUUUGUUUCAAGAGUUGGGUAAUUUAAUUGCUGUUGUUGGUCAACAUAUAAGAAAUUAUCUGGACGAUAUAUUUUCAUUAAUCAAGGAGUUUUGGACCGUUACAAAUUCAAUGCAAAGUACACUUAUCCAGUUGCUGGAGAAAAUUGCUAAAGCUUUAGGAGGAGAAUUUAAAAUUUAUCUUCCUCAGAUUAUACCAAAUAUACUUCAUGUAUUUAAUCAUGAUGAUUCAAAGAAUCGUAUGGUUACUGAAAAACUGCUCAAUGCUCUCCAACAAUUUGGGACUAGUCUUGAAGAUUAUCUUCACCUCAUUUUACCUCCAAUAGUUAAACUAUUUGAUGCUCGUGAUUCACCACAACGUGUUCGUGAAGGAGCAUUGAAAACAAUCGAAUCACUUGCUGAACACUUGGAAAUAUCUGAUUUUGCAUCCAGAAUAAUUCAUCCAUUAAUACGUGUUCUAGAAACAUCACCCGAGCUUAGAGAGCCAGCCAUGAAUACCCUUUGUGCCUUAGUUGUACAAAUGGGUCGAAAGUAUCAAAUUUUCAUCCCAAUGGCUCAAAAAGUGAUAUCUCGACAUUUGAUUGAACAUCAAAGGUAUCAACUAUUGGUAGAAAGUAUUAUGCAAGGACAUCCUUUAGGUGAAGAUGACAAAGAUCCUCUUAUGAGUGGUCGGAAGCAUAUCAAACACCGAUCAUCCCACGUUAUCGCUCCUUCAGCCGCCUCCAAUGCUGCUCCAAAUGAAAUCACAUUGGACUCAUAUAGAUUAGCAUCAUCAUGGAAAACAGAUAAACGUGUAUCAAAAGAUGAUUGGUUAAAUUGGUUACAAACUCUCAGCAUUGGAUUAAUUGAACAAUCUGCAUCACAUGCUUUACGCUCUUGUCUAUUAAUGGCCCAAGCUUACCAACCCUUGGCUCGUGAUCUUUUUAAUGCUUCCUUCCUUUCCUGUUGGACUCAACUCAAUGAAAAACAUAAAGAAAACUUCAUCGACAACAUAAGAACCGCUUUAACUGCCCAAGAUAUUCCCGAAGUUACUCAAACUUUACUCAAUUUAGCUGAAUUUAUGGAACACUGUGAUGAUAUUGGACCUCUUCCAUUGGAACCCGAAUUAUUAGCUGAAAGAGCGUUAAAAUGUCGAGCUUUUGCCAAGGCUUUACAUUACAAGGAAAUCGAAUUCACAAAGAAACCAAAAACAAGUAUUUUAGAAUCAUUGAUUAGUAUAAACAACAAACUCCAACAACCUGAAGCUGCAGCUGGAGCUUUAGUUUAUGCUAAGAAACAUCAUGAAGCCGAUCUAAAGAUUAAAGAGCGAUGGUAUGAGAAACUUAAUGACUGGGAGAAUGCACUGAAAGCAUAUAGACACAAGAGAGACUGUAAUCCUGAAGACAUGGAAUCAAUUAUCGGACAAAUGAGGUGUUUAGAAGCUCUUGGUGAAUGGGUUGAUCUUCACCAUCUAGCAACGGAAAUUUGGCCUCAAGUUGACGAACCAAACAAACAGAAAAUGGCUCGAAUGGCAGCCACUGCAGCUUGGGGAUUGGAAAAGUGGGAAAGCUUAGAGGAAUAUAGUGAUCAUAUCAAAAGAGACACAACUGAUGCAGCCUUUUACAAGGCCGUUAUCGCUGUACAUAAAGAAAAAUAUCAAGUUGCUCAAUGUUUAAUUGAUAAAGCUCGAGAUUUAAUUGACACCGAUUUAACUGCAAUGGCUGGUGAAAGUCAAAUUCGAGCUUAUGGUGCUAUGGUCCAAGUGAUGAUGUUCUCCGAGCUUGAAGAGGUGAUACAAUAUAAAUUAGUUCAAGAACGUCGUGAAAUAAUUAAACAAAAAUGGUGGGAACGAAUUCAGGGUUGCCAACGAGUUGUUGAAGAUUGGCAGAAAAUAUUGAUGGUUCAUCAAUUGGUUUUAAAGCCUGAAAAAGAUGAAAGGACUUGGCUUAAAUUUGCUAGUCUGUGCCAAAGAAACGGUCGAUUAAAUUUGUCUCAUAAAACAUUAACCAUGCUACUCAAAUGUGAUCCAACCAAAGAUGAUGCCUGUAAACCCUUGCCUACCGAUCGACCCCAUGUUACAUUUGGUUACAUCAAGCACAUGUGGGAAAAUAGUCAAAAAGAUCAAGCUCUAACUCAAUUACAACAUUUUGUUCAUCAUGUUUCAUCUUAUGGACCUGGUAUACCGGGUACAGCGGAAGAAGCAAGCAAAAGACUUGAAUUGGAUAAGCUUCUUUCAAGAUGUUAUCUUAAACUUGGAAAUUGGCAGGAAAAUUUAAAAGGAAUUAGUAAAAAUUCAAUUCCAAAUAUAAUCAAAUAUUACGCUUUAGCCACCGAGAAGGAUAAAGAUUGGUAUAAAGCUUGGCAUGCCUACGCUUAUAUGAACUUUGAAGCUGUCCUUUAUUAUAAACAAACCACCGCCUCUCAUCAAAUCGAUGGGGAAGAAACUUUAUUUAACAAUUCGUUUGAAGCAGCUCAUAAUACGCCUGCCACUUCCGUCGGUAAACCCACCCCUGAAAGACUUGAUAUCAUCCGAAAUUAUUCAAUUCCAGCUGUUCGUGGUUUCUUCCGUUCCAUUGCUCUUUCUCAUGGCAACUCUCUUCAAGAUACUUUAAGAUUACUAACUUUAUGGUUUGAUGAUGGUCAAUAUGCCGACGUUUUUGAAGCUCUUUCAGAAGGUUUGAAAACAGUUUCUAUUGAAACAUGGUUACAAGUGAUACCUCAACUGAUCGCUCGUAUUGACACCUCACGACAUUUUGUUGGACGCCUUAUACAUCAACUAUUAAUGGAUAUUGGAAAAUGUCAUCCACAAGCUUUAAUUUAUCCAUUAACGGUUGCAUCUAAAUCAACUGUUGAAUCUCGUCAAUUGGCUGCUAACAAAGUACUUGAGAAUAUGAAAAAACACAGCGGUAAUCUUGUCCAAGAAGCGAUUUCAGUUAGUGAAGAGCUUAUUAGAGUAGCAAUACUUUGGCAUGAACUUUGGCAUGAAGGUUUGGAGGAAGCAUCUCGUCUCUAUUUUGGUGAACAUAAUGUACAAGGGAUGUUUGAUACACUUGAACCUUUACAUGCAAUGAUGAAACGGGGACCACAAACAAUGAAAGAGGAAUCAUUUUACCAAGCGUAUGGAGCUGAUUUAACGGAAGCUCAAGAAUGGUGUCGAAAGUAUCAAAAAUCUCACAAAGUUAAAGACCUUACCAAUGCCUGGGAUCUUUAUUAUGUUGUUUUUCGUCGAAUCUGUAAACAACUACCAGCCCUUACCUCACUUGAGCUUCGUUAUGUUUCACCUCGACUCUUGAAAUGCCGAGACCUGGAACUUGCAGUUCCCGGUUCUUAUAAUCCAAAUCAACCUGUUAUCCGAAUUGCUCAGGUUGAUAGUGCUCUUCAAGUGAUAACAAGUAAACAACGACCUAGAAAACUUUGUAUAAGAGGUAGUGAUGGUAAGAAUUAUAUUUUCCUGUUGAAAGGACAUGAAGAUUUAAGACAAGAUGAACGAGUUAUGCAACUUUUUGGCUUAGUAAAUACCUUGUUGGUUAAAAAUCCAGAAACAUCACGUCGUAACCUUGCAAUUCAAAGGUAUGCAGUUAUACCUUUAGCUCCCAACAGUGGAUUAAUUGGUUGGGUUCCUCAUUGUGAUACUUUACACACGUUGAUUAAAGAUUAUCGUGAGAAACGUAAUGUCCUACCAAACUUGGAAUAUCAUAUAAUGAAAGUAAUGGCUCGUGAAUAUGAAAGAUUAACUUUGAUGCAAAAAGUUGAAGUAUUUGAACAUGCAAUGAAAAAUUCAUCGGGCGACGAUUUGCUUAAAUUAUUAUGGUUAAAAAGUCCAAGUUCAGAAGUUUGGUUUGAUCGAAGGACAAAUUAUACUCGUUCACUUGCAGUAAUGUCAAUGGUUGGUUAUGUACUUGGACUUGGUGAUCGGCAUCCGUCAAAUUUAAUGUUAGACCGAUUAAGUGGUAAAAUUUUACACAUUGAUUUUGGUGAUUGUUUCGAAGUGGCAAAGACUCGUGAUAAAUUCCCUGAGAAAAUACCUUUCAGACUCACUCGAAUGUUAAUCAAUGCCAUGGAGGUUACUGGUAUUGAAGGAACUUACAGAAUAACCUGUGAAAAAGUGAUGACAGUAUUGAGAAAUAAUAAAGACAGUUUAAUGGCCGUUCUAGAGGCAUUUGUCUACGAUCCAUUGUUAAACUGGAGACUUGUUGAUGCUCAACCAAAUAAAGCUAAACAAAAUCAAACGAUUGGUCAAGAAUCUGAGACUAGUGAAACAACUGAACAAGAAGCUGUUGAUCAAACAGAAGUAAUUAAAAAACCAAAUGGAGUCAAUGUUGGUGUUGUGGGUACUGUUAAUGCUGUUAGCAUAAACGUUGGAGUUACUAAUGGUAUUGCUCAUAUUACCAGAGAAGUGAGUCCUAAUCUGACCGGAACAGCGGAAACUAUGCCAUCGACAUUUAUUGGUAUCCAUGAUUACGAAGAGCAACCUGGUCAACCUGAGGCUCUAAAUAAAAAAGCUUUGUCUGUGAUAAAUAGAGUUAGAGAUAAAUUAACUGGUAGAGAUUUCAAUCCAAAUGAAAAACUAGCUGUCCCUCAGCAAGUUGAUCUUUUGAUUAAACAAGCAACAUCUAAAGAAAAUCUUUGCCAAUGUUAUAUUGGAUGGUGUCCAUUUUGGUAACCAUCUCAAAAAUUAAUAUCAACAAUCAACCUAAUUUAUGCAUCUCUGACCCGAUUUACCAAACACACUCAACAACAACAACAACAACAAAAACAUUUCAUCUUCAAUCAAGCCAAUUUUUACCUGGUUAAUUUCAUACUGGUCAUCAUCAACUAACUAACCCACAACAUUCAUACUCACUCCAUCUUCCACUCCCAAACUUUAUAUAAAAAAAAUCCCAACACACUAAUAAUAAGAAGGACAUUAAAUGGACAUAACAUAUAUAUAAAUAUAAAGUAGAACGCGUUACCUCAUAACCAAGCGAAAAUGAAACGCGAGGAAAUUUUCAAUUAUCACUUUUUCCUCUUUCCCUUUCUAUUUCUCUGUAAUAUAAAUUUUCAAUGUGGAAACAAAACUAUCAACUCAUUUAAUGUAAUAUUAAUUGAAAAAUGAAUUGAAAAAAUUGUAAAAAGAAUCAAAAACAAAAAAAUCAUAUACACACAAGCACAUAAAUAUAUAUAUAUUUAAAUGGUAGUUAAUAUAAUAAUAAUAAUAAAACACUAAAAUAUAAAUAAAUCAAAACAAAGACAACGAUAAAAUAUUCAAAUCAAGUUGAGUCGAAAACAAUAACAAAUUCAAAUGGAAUCAAAGAUUUGGAAACUUUUUGCAAAACAAAUAAAAUCUUUUAGAGUUCAGAUUCGGCA